AUGGAGGUUUAUGGGGACAUGAUGAAGACCUCUAAAGAAAGCAAUUUUUCAGUAGAGGAAGAACACAACCAACUUCAUGAUUUGAAGAGUUAUUCUACUCCUAAGCAGACUAAAGCAGCUAAACCAGUGUGUAAGGUCAUGCGGAAAACACAGAUUUCCAGCAAUGAAACUCCAAGACUGCUUCCUCAGACUAAGAGACGUAAGUCAUCAGUUACUAGUGUCUUAAAGGAUAUGAAGAAGUCAAACACUCGUGGCUCAAGGAAGCCCAGUCGAACUCAACGACCUGAGCCAUCAAUGCACAAGCCUCAAGGUAAAACUGCUCACAAUUUCAAAGGAUGUUUUCACUAUGGGAAAACAGGGCACAAAUGGCAACGAUGCUUCAAACGGAUAAGAUGA